AUGGGUUCUAUUCAAGAAUCAGCUGGUAGAGAACCAACUCCGCCAUACGAUUUUGAUCCUCCAUCCAAAGAGCGCCCAGCAAUUUAUGGCUGGGAGAAUACCUCGAGUUCAGGUUAUAAGAUCGACGAAGUCCCUUCCGGUUUGAAAAGACCUCUUCGUGUUGUAGUGGUUGGAGCAGGGGCCGCAGGCAUCAAUUUUGCCAAAUUUGCACAGGAUCGCCUUGAAAACGUUAACUUGACAGUCUACGACAGAAACAAGGAAGUCGGAGGCACUUGGACAGAGAACGUUUACCCUGGUUGUGCAUGCGACAUCCCCAGUGUAACUUACCAAUAUACUUGGGAACCUAAAGUUUGGUCGAAAUACUACUCUGAGGCACCGGAAAUACUGCAGUACUUUGUUGAUAUCACUCAUAAAUACGGACUACGGAAAUACAUCAAACUUCAGCACACCAUUGACAAGGCUGAGUGGGAUGAUCAGCUAGGGAAGUGGAACCUACACAUCACCAGUCUAGAAGAGAGCCGUUCAUUCCAUGAUCAAUGUGACGUGCUCAUUAAUGCCGGUGGUAUACUGAAUUACUGGAAAUGGCCGAACGUCAAAGGCAUCGAAAAGUAUAAAGGCAUCAAGGCACACACCGCAGCUUAUCCUAAAGAUCUCGAUUUGAAAGGUAAGCGCGUUGCUGUGGUUGGGACUGGCUCCAGUGGAAUUCAGUUGAUCACCAAACUGCAACCACAAGUCGAGAAAUUAUACACAUGGAUUAGGACACCAACAUGGAUGACGGCUGGCUAUGCUCAGGCACAUGCAGGACCAGAUGGGGGAAAUUUUGAGUAUCCGGAGGAAAUGCGGAAAAGGUUUGCGGAAGAUCCUGAGUGGUACUUGAAGUAUCGCAAGACUAUCGAAUAUGAGAUGAGCGACUUCAUGUUUGUUCAUAAGAAUACACCUGCUUUAAACGCGGCGAAUAAGUUUGCGCUGGCAGAUAUGCAACGUAGGUUAGCAUCGAGGCCCGACCUUAUGCAUACCUUGAUACCAAAGGUCUUCCCACUGGGGUGCCGGAGACCAACCCCCGGCAAUGGCUAUCUUGAGGCCUUGAUUUCAAAGAAUGUCUCUGUCUUUUUGGCUGAGGCCUUAGAUGAAAUCACAGAGGAGGGAUUCAAGGAUCCCAGCGGCAAUGAAAUACAGGUCGAUGCACUUCUAUUCGCCACCGGAUUUGAUACCACAUGGGUUCCCCGGUUCCCAAUUAUCUCAUACGGUUCGAACUUGCAAGACGUAUAUGCAGAAGACCCUCUGGGUUACUUUGGAGUCGCGGCCCCUGAGGUUCCGAACUACUUGACAUUCUACGGUCCAUACGGUCCAGCGGGCCAGGGAAGCGUUCUUCCAAUGAUUGAGUUCAUGUCCCGAUAUCACAUGCAAUGGAUCGAGAAGCUCCAGACGGAGCGAAUAAAAAGCUUCGCGCCAAAAAGAGCGGUCGUGGACGAGUACGGCGCACAUGCAGACGUUUGGCAUAAACGCACGAUGAUCUACUCUGGAGUUACUCAUGUCGGCUGCAGCAUGGAACUUAUCUCUUCACUUCGCCCGGAAGAUUUCAACAUCACCUAUCAAUGCAAGAAUCGCUGGAACUUCUUGGGCAACGGGUUCACCCAGAGGGACGUCAAUGGCAAGGAUAUCACAUGGUACAUGGGUUUGGUGGACGGAAUUGAUAAACAAAGAGACUAUGUGGUGUAA